GUUAUCUGAUCCUGAAGUGGAAACUUUAAUUUGCCGAAGCCACUUUUUAGUUAAGUAUAAAAAUUGAGGCAGUUUCUGCAGUUCUUUCCACAUUACAAAAUGAGUAGCUCACCAAAGCAAAGAGAGGGAAGCAUAACUUCAAUGGAGAAUUCCAAAGAUGUUGCAACCACUUCUCAGGAAACUGUCAAGAGAUCCAAUGAUUUAGAUGCUGAAAAUCAGGAAAACCCUGAGAACUCAAUUUGGACACAGAAGAGUAUUUAUCGUGCAUGGUUACUUUUAUGUUUUACAACUGGUCCUGUCGCAUCAAUGUCCAGAACCUAUGUCCCAGCUUCAAUUCAGUCGAUUGCCAGAGCUGUUGGUAAAACUAAAGCUGGUCGCAAGUGUGGAUUCAAAGGGAAUGAUUGUUAUGUUAGAUUUGGUACCGGAACUGUUCAUUUUACUUCAUAUGUUUUGUACCUAAAUGCCAUUUCCACUGCUUUGGAAGGUGUGGUGGCAAUUUUGUUAAUGGGAAUUGCUGACUAUUCAAAUUAUAGGAAAUUAUUUUUGAUUGGAUCAAUUUUCAUGUUUGGUGUAUUUGCUUUACCAUUUGCAGGUUUGACAGGAAAGGAUUAUCCCACAAUGAAGGCACUCUCUGCCUUAUAUGCUUUGAUAAGCAUUGAUAAUUCCAUUUAUCAGAUUUUAGAGGGAUCUUAUAUUCCCCUCUUUAUGAGGGCUUCGAGCCCAAAAGGUACCGUAGCGGAGGAAGUGAGAAGAGAUAUGGUUUUGAAAAGAGGUUCAGUAGUUAGUGUCAUGGGAAUUUUCUUGGGAAAUGUUGGAGGAAUCGUUGCAUUAUUGAUCGGAAUCAUAAUUUCAUAUGGAAGAGGGGGACCAAUUAAGGAUGGCUAUCAUAACUUCUUAUUGGCAAUUACCAUUGCUGGUGCAGUUACAGUUGCUUUCUCAAUCAUUUCUGCGUUUUUCAUUCCUAGCGUCAGGGGAAAACCCAAGCCUAAAGGUGAGUUCUUACUUACUUUAAGUAUUAAAAGACUCAUUAGAUUAACCAAAGACAUACAAAAGUACCCUCAUGCUUUCUUAUAUUGUGUUUCGUGGGUUAUUUGGAAUGUGAGUUACAGUAACUUUUUGAGUGUCUUUGUUUUGUUAUUCAGAUCCACACUUGGUUUAGGAUCCUCAGAUGCUGAGUACACGGUGUAUACCUUUAUGUCAUACGUUGUUGCUUCAAUAGGUUCAUUAUGUUGGAUGUGGUUGUAUCCAAGAACUAAAAUAGGAAUUAAGUCUUGGGGAUAUGGCUUCUUAGCCUUUUCAUUAUUCUCUAACUUUUGGGGAUGUUUAGGUAUUAGUUCUCAUACUAAGGUAGGGUUCAAGCAUAGAUGGGAAUUUUGGAUUUUUGAGGUUUUCUAUUCUGCCAGCAGUUCAGCCUUGAGAUCAUUGAAUAGAACCGUCUAUAGCACUUUGCUUCCAGAGGGUGAAGAGGCACAAUAUUUUGGACUUGAAAUAAUGCUUGGGGUUGCCACAGGGUGGAUUGGAAAGCUUGUGAAUGCCACCAUUCAAGACAGAACAAAUAAUGACAGAUAUCCAUUUUUACCUAACCUCUUCUUGGCUUUGGCAUCCAUAAUCCUUUAUUAUUUUGUUGACUUUGAAAAAGGAAUGAAGGACGCCGAAAAAUUGAUUCAGGAAGAAGAUACUGCAAAUAUCAGUUACCAAAGUACUGAGGAAAAUGGGGAGCCACUUAAGAAUUGAUUACUUCUCAGUUUAGCAAACGAAAGCAUGAGAAUACAGUACAUCGAAGUUUUCUUUAAUAUAUAGUCGAUUCUGGAAUGUACCCUUUACUUUUGAAACUCAUAGGUUUUGGAAGUGCUUACUCAGAACUGUCUUAGUUUUUUAACCUAAGCCUGUAAAUAAUAAAUGCCUUUCUUU